AUCCCUCUCGAGCUCCAACCAUCCAACCGGUAAGAAAAAUCUUUAUAUCCCCAAAUACCCCAUUCUGAAUUUUGCCGUUCAUCACUCAAAUGUACAAGAAUCUCAGGGGCGACUUAGUCAAUUAAGCGAAAGAGCCGUUAUGCGUCCUUUAAUUUUACUGAUCUCGUCUAUAUUCUUACCCUCUAUAUGUUCUGGUCCUGCAAGCCGUCUAUAUUCAACAUGAACUCCCUCGGAAAGCCACCCACAAAUAUAGUACAUUAGUUAAGGAUAUCCUUCUUAGUUUGCUCCUCCUCCAACUUAUGCACCAAAAAUGAAGAAGAUAUCAUUACCGGAAUCUGUCACUUUCCUGGCGAAACCAUCCCAAUUCGCGGCCGAAUGCUGGUUCGACGAUGCGUGUAUCCUCGACAUGGACUACUUUAUCAAAACCCUCUCCGGCAUUAAGGCCAAGGGUGUCCGGCACGACCUGAUCGGUUCGAUAAUCACUCACUACGCCUCCAAAUGGCUGCCGGACCUAUCCGGUGGGGACGUGAUGGAAAAGAGCCUAGCAAAUUACUUUGAAGAAUCUCCGGAAAGCGUCACGGCUUCAUGGAUGAAGAAAAGGUUCUUUGUGGAAACCAUAGUGGGAGUUCUCCCUCCCGAAAAGGAUUCCAUCCCAUGUAACUUCCUUCUCAACCUCCUCCGCACCGCCAACAUGGUUGGGGUCGAGCCCACAUAUCGGGCCGAGCUUGAGAAACGUAUAUCAUGGCAACUCGACCACGCUUCAUUGAAAGAGCUAAUGAUACCAUCGUUUAGUCACACUUGUGGGACUUUGCUAGAUGUCGAGCUCGUUAUUCGGCUGGUGAAGAGGUUUGUGAAUUUGGAUGAGGCUGCUAAGACUGGCUCUGCAUUGAUUAAGGUGGCAAAGCUCGUGGAUUGUUAUCUCGCCGAGGCGGCCGUGGAUUCAAAUAUGAGCAUGUCGGAGCUUGUUGCGCUUGCCGGAGCUCUCCCUGGCCAUUCUCGUGCCACGGAUGAUGGGUUAUACCGAGCCAUUGAUACUUAUCUCAAAGCACAUCCUGCCACAUCAAAGGAAGAAAGAAAAAGUCUCUGCACUCUGAUUGACAGCCGAAAACUCUCAUCGGAAGCAUCCCUUCACGCUGCACAAAACGAACGCUUACCCGUCCGAGCUGUUAUCCAGGUGCUCUUCUCUGAGCAAAAUAAGCUUAGUCGCCAUGUAGAUUGGAGUGGCUCCUUCAACGGCACCCGGAGCCCGAACCUAGGAAUUGACCACCCAGCUCGAUGCUACUCGAAGCGUGAAAUGACAACUCAACAGAUGGAGAUAAGGAGGUUGAAGGAAGAUGUUAUUAGGCUUCAAAACCAGUACAACACCAUGCAAGCGCAAAUAGAGAGGCUUGUGGAGAUCAAGAAGAGAGGGAUUUUCAAUUGGAAGAAGCUCGGAAUGCCUUCAUUCAAGAGUGUUAGUGUGGUUGAAAAGCUGAUCGAACAGGUUGAAGAGCCGGUGGAUCAGUACGGACGAGAAACGCCUUUGGACAUGAAAACUAGGUUGGUGAGAGGUCGGAAUAAUCCUCCCAAGUGGAGGAAAUCCAUGUCUUGAAAGUUGAAAGUGAAGACGGGUUGGAGAUCAGCUAUGAUACUUUUAUGUGGUUGUAUUAUAUUUACUGUUUACUUUAUUAUUACGUUGAAAUCACCUGUUGCAAUGUCAGAACUGGGUACAGCUUGUUACUGUCUCAUGUAUGUAUUCUACGUAUAAAUAAAUGAAAAAUAAUAUUUAUAA